AGCGACAACAAUCAACAGAAAAACAAAGUCUCUGCCGUUUCACCUCCAAAGUUCCAGCGUUUUACUCCAAUACCGAGACAUGGCCAAUGGAACGUUCAUUCUCUACAUCGCCGCACCCACCUUCCUUCUAACUCUCUUCACCUACCACCUAUUCCUCAAACUCGUCAGACGCAGGCCCGUCUCCCACAACCAAGCCCGCCGACGGCCCAACCUCCCGCCGGGCUCCAUGGGCUGGCCCAUCAUCGGCGAGACGCUCCAGCUCUACUCCCAGGACCCCACCUCCUUCUUCUCCAGCAAGCAAAAACGGCACGGCGAGAUCUUCAAAACGCACAUCCUGGGCUGCCCCUGCGUCAUGCUCGCCAGCCCGGAGGCCGCCCGCUUCGUCCUCGUCAUUCAGGCCCACCUCUUCAGGCCCACGUACCCCAAGUCCAAGGAGCGGCUUAUUGGGCCUUCGGCUCUGUUCUUCCACCAGGGCGAUUACCACCUCCGCCUCCGCAAGCUCGUCCAGCGCGCCCUCUCCCUCGACGCCACCCGCAGCUUGGCCGGAGACGUCUCCUCCCUGGCCGCCUCCGCCCUCGAGAAAUGGGACGGCGGACACGUCAUCAACACCUUCGAAGAGCUCAAAAAGUUGUCGUUUGAAGUCGGGAUCCUGGCGAUUUUCGGACACCUGGAAGAGCAUUACAGAGUGGAGUUAAAAAGGAAUUACGGCAUCGUCGAAAAAGGCUACAAUUCAUUUCCCACCACCGUUUCUGGAACUCCUUACAAAAGGGCGCUUACGGCGAGGAGGGAUCUGAGUGAGAUAUUGGUGGGCAUAAUCGGCGAGAGGAAAGAGAAGAAGCUAUUGGAGAAAGAUCUGUUGGGUUGUUUGCUGAAUUCCAAGGACUACAAAGGGCAACUACUGACGGACGACCAGGUCGCCGACAACGUCAUCGGAGCUCUGUUCGCCGCUCAGGACACGACGGCCAGCGCCAUGACGUGGAUUGUCAAGUACCUCCACGACAACCCGAAGCUUCUCGAGGCUGUCAAGGCCGAACAGAAGGCAAUUCAGGAGGUGAAUGGAAGGGACGGCAAUGAUAAUGCGGCGUUGAAUUGGAGUCAAACUCGUAACGACAUGCCGUUCACUCACAAGGUGGUUUUAGAGAGCCUAAGGAUAGCAAGCAUUAUAUCUUUUACAUUCCGGGAAGCGGUGGCCGACGUGGAAUACAAAGGUUACCUUAUUCCAAAGGGUUGGAAGGUGAUGCCCUUGUUCAGGAACAUUCAUCACAAUCCAGAAUAUUUCAGUGAACCUCAUAAAUUUGAUCCUUCGAGAUUUGAGGUGGCACCAAAACCCAAUACAUUCAUGCCAUUUGGCAAUGGGGUACAUGCCUGCCCUGGAAAUGAGCUUGCUAAGCUGGAGAUGCUUAUUUUCAUCCACCAUUUGGUCACCAAGUUCAGGUGGGAAGUGGUAGGAUCUGAGAGUGGGACACAGAACUGCCCAUUUCCAGUGCCAAUGAAUGGACUCCCAGCAAGAUAUUGGAAACAAGUCCCCAGCAGCUAAGUUUAAGAUACAUAGUAGUAGAGAUUAUUAUCAAUUUGGGUCAUGAUUUACCCAUAUAAUUAGCUUGUGUAGUGUAAUUUUCUUCCCCUUUUUAAGUUUUGCCAAUGUAGAAUCUUACAAGUUCCAUUAUCAGUUCUAGAUCUAGUUUGUAGAUCUUCAACCCAAGCACUUAAUGGUAGUUUCUCCAUUUCAUAAUUCAUGCACUUAGUUCUUAAUUUGAUGAAAUGUUGGGUGUUCCAUAUUUGGUUCAAAAUAAUUUGUGUCUACUUUAGACGUGUGUGUAUAUAUAUAUAUAUAUUACGGGACUCGUGAAUUGUGCGAGAUUGAGCAAAAGGUUCUUCUUUUUAUGUCCCUUAAAUUUUAGGAUGAUUGUUCACUUAUUGAAGGAAAAGUAGUCAUCACCUUUGUGGCUGGAAGGCACCAGUCGCCUAUUCUCCUCUUUGGUUUGGUGCACAAAGAUCACAAACCCUUUUCAAGACUUUAUAUGAUCUGAUCUCAUGACCAUGCAAAAUGAUGGAGCUUGAUUAUACCCUAUAAUUAACCACAAGUAUUGCAAAAUAAUGACUCAUAAGUGAUCAGUUUUCGUGAAAGAUACUAUAUAUGAUGAACUUAUGCUAUUAAAUCAUCUCAAUCUGUUAUGAAAUGCAAACUGGUUAUCCUAUGAAAGCAAGAAUUGAGAACUACGUUCUUGAAACAUAUAUAAGUUCCAAUCUAGCUAGUUUCAGGCCCUACAAAAUUCGUACAUGCGAUAGUUAUGUCUCCAACAUCUCAAUGCAUAUGUUUCUCAUUUUCGUCUUUUCUUUUCUUUUUAGUUUGGCUAUAAAUAGAAUUUACCACU